CCCAGAUUAUGCACGCACACCUGAUUGAAAGCGGCUCACAUGAAAGAACCAUUUCCUGAUUGAGAAAUGAAUUAACGGUUAAAUAGCCGUUAUAUAUCUCAUGCGACAAUGUUUUCAUGGAUUUGACAACGGUGUCAUCCCGUUUCAAGACAUACAUGAUGCAAUAACGCUGUCACGUUGUAAAUGUGGUUGUGUGAAGGAUGAUUCAUGUAUAUUUCAAGACAAAAUAUUGAUCAAAAACCACAUGUUGCACUGUGAUCAAAAUUUGUCUUAUCACAGCCAUGCUACAGUCAACAUGGAUAGCUCUUGUGCUUGGUUUCUGGUCGUCGUUGUACCUCUUGGAUGCAUUUCUGAAGACGAAGAAGUCAACUAGCCGAUCAUACCGUCAUGCACUGGACAGCAGUGGACUGACCGUGUCCGUGUGUCAGCUGAGAUGGUACACCAACUCCCUGAACCGGCUGUUCCUCCGUGUAGGGCAGUGGAACCCACGUAUGCUGCGCUUGUGGUUCACCGUGGGCGUGUUCUUCAGUCUGGUGGCGAUGCUCAUCUCCAUCUUCGUCUUGACACUACUCGUCCUCAACACUUUACGCAGGCAGCCGGUGGAACACCAGGUCCUCACACCUGUGAUGCCAGGGGUGAAUCUGCCGACCAGUCAGAUCUGGUACUAUCUGCUGACGCUGCUUGUGUGCGGCAUCUUGCAUGAGUUUGGACAUGCUGUUGCUGCAGUCAGGGAACAGGUCAGAGUAAAUGGGUUCGGUGUCUUCCUGUUUCUGAUGUACCCAGGCGCGUAUGUUGACCUCUCCACAGAACACAUCCAGGUUAUCUCCCCUUUACGACAACUGCGAGUCUACUGUGCAGGUGUCUGGCACAACUUCAUUAUCGUCAUUGUUGCGCUGUUUGUGUUGAUGCUCAUGCCCCACACACUGAUGCCGUUCUACACACUCGGCAAGGCGGUGGCCGUUACAAGUGUUAUCCCGAAUUCAGCUGUAUCCGGACCUCGAGGUCUCCUGCUGGGCGAGCCAAUCACACGGAUCAGUGACUGCAUGGUGACCGACCUUGACACUUGGCACGACUGUAUCGUGGCAAGCAUGAAACAACAAUCUCUCGGACACUGCAUGCCGGUGCAACUUAUUCGGGAUCUGGAUACUUCACCUAAAAAUUACAGUCACACACCUGACUCCCUGGAUUGCUGUAAUGAAACGAGCAGUACACACCUGUGUUUUCUAUAUCACACCAAGUCCAGGGCAGACACAAAGUAUGCUUGCCUUCCGGCUCGGACAACAACUGACCGUCCGAUCUGUCGGCUGCAGAGUGACUGCUAUACCCCCAAGGUAGAGAUGGCCUGUGUAUAUCCAGCUGUCGACAAUGAAACAAAACUUUUACGGAUAUAUCAUGGUCGGAGACCGCCAUUAUUAUUUCUGGGGCAUCCAGUUGACUUAUUUUAUUCAGUGUCUGUGAGCAAUUAUGUGCCAAACAGUUCCAUCAUCCCACUUAAUCUUCCAUAUGUCAUAGAAACAUUUUGCAAAUAUUUGAUGUCACUAUCAGGGGCGCUAGUGAUCCUCAACGUGGUUCCCUGUUAUGCUCUAGAUGGGCAGUGGAUCUGCAAGGCGUUCAUAGAGCUCAGUCUUCGAUCGACCAUCCCAGACAGUGAUAUACGGAGUCUUAUAUACAGCCUGUGUAUAUUGUAUGGCACUGUGCUGUUACUGCUCAAUGUUAUAGUGGCUAUGUGGACACUGUUCUUAUAGCAUUAGUGGGGGAUACGUGAUGUGUCCCUAGUGCCUUGAAUGCUGCCUUGGAUACACCUCAACAUCAGCUGAACAUCACCUCAACAUCAGCUAAACAUCACACAUAACAUCACCUCAACAUCACAUAUCCUACAUAACAUCAUCAUAACAUCCCUUCAACAUCAGCUCAUCAUCAGCUCAUCAUCAGCUAAACAUCACCUCAACAUCAGCUAAAUAUCACCUCAGUAUCGGCUAAACAUCACCUCAGUAUCGGCUAAACAUCACCUCAACAUAACAUAUCCUACAUAACAUCAUCAUUACAUCCCUUCAACAUCAGCUAAACAUCAGCUCAUCAUCAGCUAAACAUCACAUCAACAUCAGCUAAAUAUCACCUCAGUAUCGGCUAAACAUCACCUUAACAUCAGCUAAACAUCACCUCAACAUCCACAUAACAUCAUCUCAACAUCACAUAUCUGACAUAUCAUCAACAUUGCAUCCCUUCAACAUCAGCUAAACAUCACCUUAACAUCACAUAUCCUACAAAACAUCAAGAUAGCAUCUCCUCAACGUGAGUGUCCCCUUAGUGUCUUUUCAACUAUCCAUUUAACAUCACCUCAUCAUCUUCUGAACAUCACCUAAACUCGACUUUAACACCACCUUCACAUCAACAUUGCCUGUACAUCCACUUAACAUCACAAUAUCAUCUCUUCAGCAACAGUGUCCUUCAACAUCACCAUAGGAAAGCAUCAACAUCACCUGAGCAUACCUAAACAUCACUACUGAAGUCACAUCCACAUAACAUCAACAUCACAUCUCUUCAACAUCAAUGUCCCUUUAGUAUCAUCUCAACAAUCAGUUUGUCACCUCAUCUUCUGCACAUCACUCCUCUGUAACAUCACCUCAUCAGCUUUGUCAACAUCACCAUUGUAUCUAACAUCAACAUUGUAUCUCAUCACCGUUUAUCUCUUUAGCAACAGUGUCCCUUCAACAUCACCAUUGUAUCUCUUUAGCAACAGUGUCCCUUCAACAUCACCAUUGUAUCUCUUUAGCAACAGUGUCCCUUCAACAUCACCAUUGUAUCUCUUUAGCAACAGUGUCCCUUCAACAUCACCAUUGUAUCUCUUUAGCAACAGUGUCCCUUCAACAUCACCAUUGUAUAUCUCUUUAGCAACAGUGUCCCUUCAACAUCACCAUUGUAUCUCUUUAGCAACAGUGUCCCUUCAACAUCACCAUUGUAUCUCUUUAGCAACAGUGUCCCUUCAACAUCACCAUUGUAUCUCUUUAGCAACAGUGUCCCUUCAACAUCACCAUUGUAUCUCUUUAGCAACGGUGUCCCUUCAACAUCACCAUAGUAUCUCUUUAGCAACAGUGUCCCU